AUGGCUUUGGUAUUGCGUCUAUUAGUGAAUGCUGGCUUGCUAGCUAUUCCCAUCGGUGCUACUGUUGGUGCCCUUGUUGGAAUUGAUGCUCAUCGUGCUGCCACUGGUCAGUCUCCGCUGUUCAGUGGUGAGAGCGAUUCAAGUGGCAGUGGCAGUGGCAGUGGUAGCAAUGGAGGCAGCGGCUCUGAUAGCACUGGAGGCGGCUCGGGAGGUGGUACACCUACAAUAAGCGAUGGAGGCAAAGUGACCACUAAACCCUACUGCGACCUUUCAUACGGAAUCACUCCUCCCACACAUGGCGAUUCAUUCACUUUCAAUCCUAACCAGUGGGGUGUCACAUCUACUUCUGUGGGAGAGUUGUGCUUGAAUGUCACAACCUUCUCGAACGAAACCUAUGCGACCGACUCAACCGUCCCAGCCUGGAGUGUCACCUGGCAGUACGAUCAAGGUUUAUCGACCGCACCUGUGCACGCCUUCCCUAACGUGAUGGUCGACGACAUUUUCCCCAUCUCGUUGGAUUCUAUGCAGGAGAUCAACUUCGAUGUUGAGUGGACUUACGGAGCAGGCAACGAUGCUGCCGAUACCAUCGAUGAAACCUCCCUCACUGCAGUCAAUCUUAACGCCAACGUUGCCAUCGAUAUGUUCUUCGACAGUGACAAGACUACCUCUCAGAACAGUACUUCAGCCAAGUUCGAGGUCAUGGUUUGGUUUGCGACCUUUGGUACAAGUACUGACGUGAUCGGUCAUGACGACGGUAUCAAGAAGACGAUGAAAUUGAAUAACACGACUUUUAAUCUUUAUGGAGGUCAGAACACGGCCACUAAUCAAUGGGUCUACACAUGGAAAACAGCUGAAACAACAGGCACGUUCUCUGAUGAUAUUUACCCGCUGAUUGAGUAUCUUUACACCGAGACUGGAGACGACUACCCUACGAAGAGUGACUACAUGGGUGUCUUCCAAUUCGGCACUGAAGCAUUCUACUCCGCGUCUAAUGUCACCUUCAACGUCCCAAGUAUGUCCAUCGACAUCAAGAGCUGA